UUCGCUUGGAAGGUUAUUUUGAGUUGCAGAAGUACCCCAGUGCCUCCAGUGAAAUAAUAGAAGUCGAGCUCUUGCCUUUCCAUUCUUGCUCCUCUGUGACAGGGGGUUUCCUUUAAAUGCAAACCCUCUGCGCUCCAAACGAUACAUUGGAUCUUCGCUUGGAAACAAUGGAGAACAGUCCUCUACAGGUUCUGACCGUCCCUACAGCCCCCUACCCAGACCAGAGACCCAGCAUCAGCGGCCUGAGGAAAAAGGUCUAUGUGUUCCAGUCCAAGAGGAAAUAUCUGCACAACUUUAUCCAAAGUAUCUUCUCCUCCAUCGACCUGCGGGACCGCCAGGGUUCCACCAUGGUGGUGGGAGGAGAUGGACGCUUCUUCAACAGAGCUGCUAUUGAGGUCAUUGUGCAGAUGGCAGCUGCCAACGGGGUUGGCCGGCUGAUCAUCGGACACCACGGGAUAAUGUCAACGCCGGCCGUCUCCUGCGUGAUCAGGAAAUACAAAGCCAUCGGUGGCUUCAUCCUCACUGCCAGCCACAACCCCGGUGGACCUGGUGGAGACUUUGGCAUUAAAUUUAAUAUCGCAAAUGGAGGCCCAGCCAAUGAAGCCAUCACAGACAAGAUUUUUCAGAUCAGUAGAACCAUCGAAGAGUUUGCCAUCUGUCCAGGACUGCAUGUGGAUCUGAAAACGCUGGGAAAACAGACGUUUGAUCUGGAGAACAAGUUCAAACCCUUCACAGUGGAAAUUGUGGACUCUGUGGAGUCUUAUGCAAACCUGCUGAGGAACAUCUUUGACUUUGCUGCUCUGAAGGAGUUUCUGUCUGGUGAGAACCACAUCAGGAUAAGACUUGAUGCCAUGCAUGGAGUGGUUGGACCGUACGUGAAGAGAAUACUGUGUGAGGAGUUGGGUUGUCCUGCUAAUUCUGCCAUCAACUGUGUUCCUAUGGAGGAUUUUGGGGGUCAACACCCAGAUCCUAACCUCAUGUACGCUACAGAUCUGGUUGACAGCAUGAAAGACGGACAUUAUGAUUUUGGUGCAGCGUUUGAUGCUGAUGGGGACCGCAACAUGAUCCUGGGCAAACAUGGCUUCUUUGUCACCCCAUCUGACUCCUUGGCUGUGAUUGCUGACAACAUCUUCUGCAUCCCAUACUUUCAACAUACGGGAGUGAGAGGAUUCGCUCGCAGCAUGCCCACAAGCGCAGCGUUAGACAGAGUAGCCAAAGCAACAAAAAUAGAGCUAUAUGAAACUCCUGCUGGGUGGAAGUUUUUUGGGAACCUCAUGGAUGCAGGCAUGCUGUCUUUGUGUGGAGAAGAAAGCUUUGGUACAGGGGGAGACCACAUUCGUGAAAAGGAUGCGCUUUGGGCCGUGCUAGCGUGGCUGUCCAUUCUUGCCACCAGAAAGCAGAGCGUGGAAGACAUUGUUAAGGACCACUGGCUAAAAUAUGGAAGGAACUACUUCACUAGAUACGACUAUGAGAAUGUUGAUAUAGAUGCGGCAUGUGACAUGAUGGAAGAUUUGGAGAUAAUGAUCUCAGACAAGUCUUUUGUGAAGCAGAGAUUUGCUGUGGAGGACAAAAUCUACCAAGUAGAAAAAUCAGACAGCUUUGAGUACACAGACCCUGUCGAUAGCACCAUCUCCAGAAACCAGGGGCUGCGGAUUAUCUUCUCUGAUGGCUCUCGAAUCAUCUACAGACUCAGCGGGACGAGUAGUGACGGGGCAACAGUUCGGAUCUACAUUGACAGCUAUGAGAAGGACGUUAUUUUUGAGGACACGCAGGUGAUGCUGGCACCUCUUGCAACGAUUGCUUUGAAGAUUUCUCAGCUUCAUCACCGGACGGGUCGGAGCGGCCCGUCAGUCAUCACAUGACUGCGUUUUACUCCCUCACCUCUUACAUAAACACUCUUUUUGUUAUUUUGCCUUCUCUUUCGUAUAAACAGAGCAGCAAAUCUAAAGUGUGGCUGUGUUUCAUGGAAU